CUGCCGUGCUCGUCUGCCGUUUUGCUGUGGUCUGCCGAGCUGGAACUGAAGCUGUGGGGGCUUAGAGCCACAGAAAAAAGAAAGAAAGAAGGGCAGGCCACCUUGGGCCACACCCCAGGGCCACCGAGGCCCCACUCACCCAGGGGGCCCAGCGGGGAACGGGCCAGAGCCUCGGAGCCCCGCGGGGCCACACGCCUGGGGGGGCGGAAGGAGCGCGUCAGCGCCUCACAAGACCUUGUGGUUCUGCGGAGGCCCGCUGGAUGUUGCUGCCGCCUGGGCAAGCAGACAGCGCGAAGUCCUCCCACGGGCGGCCAACCGCCGCCGCACGCUCUCCACCCUUCAGCAGACGGCUCAGGGGGGCCCGCGAGGCGCCUCGGGGCCUCUGCUUGCGCUCCUCCGCCGCCACGACCUCGUCCGCCCAGUCGGCCUAGCCGCCUUCUUCCAAGCCGUGCGCCUGCAUGGCCUCUGGGCGGCUGAUCGCGGCCUCGGCCGACCCGCUGGGCGCCGCGGCCGCCGCUGGACGGCGCACAAGGGCGGCGGCCGCCCGCAGCCCACCCUCUGGUGACGAGCUCGACGCGCAAGAGGUGACCGUCCCUCCCCCGUCCCCUCGCGGCCAGCGGACCCGACGGCCGCUGCGGGCUCUGCCGUGCUGGUUCGUCGUGCUCCAAUGGCCCGCCAUGUUUCUAUGGUCAGCCGUUCUAGUUCGCCAUGCUGCUGUGGUCUGCCGUGCUGGUCUGCCGUGCUCCUGUGGUCUGCCGUGAAAGUGAAAAUGACAAUCGGGGCCUUAAAAGCUCACUUUGGUCUGCCGUGUUGGGUUGGGUUGGUGGGGCCUUAAAGGCGGGGAACGACCAAAACCGAGGGGGCCGCGGAAGGGCCGCCCCUCCCGAGGAGGCCGCGUUGGCCCCCCUCCCAGACAAGUGCAGCACAGACAGAAAAACGAAGCCUCUGGCAUAUACUACACAAGACAACCACCAAGUGCAGCACUGACAAGAACAUAUACUACACAAGAUCACAUCUAGUGCAGCACUGAAAGGAACAUAUACUACACCAUAUCCCAUUCGACUCGCAACACCAGAAUCAUGCAAGCACUGCGCAAAAGAACAGAACCUAUACAUGAUCAGGGGAAGGAGGAAAAUCACCCCGAGCACUCGCCAGGGCGCCUGGGCACGCUCUCCAGGUGCUUCGCCUGUGCCGCCUCCAGCAGCCGAAGGCCCUCGGUGAUGUCGCCGCGCUGGAAGGCAACUCUCGCCAGCAUGGCGGCGCCGAGCGCCUCGGUCCCCGCCUGAGCCUGCACUGCGCCCACGGUCGACUCCA